GACCCCCUCCGCCGCAAUGAAGGAGGUGUGCACGAUAAGGGACCUGAGCCCUCUCAGGCACGUGAGCGAGCCGAUAGACAUAGGCCCCGGGUCUGGCCCGGGCAGCCGGACGCACACGCGCCAGCGACGGCGGAGCUCCACGAGGGACAGUCCCCUCAGAGACCAUUUCGUGGAGGACGCGGCCCGGAGCCCUGCGCCGAGCCCGAGGACCUGCACCCGGAGCCCGUGUCGGAGCCCGUGCCGCAGCCCGUGCCGGAGCCCGUGCCGGAGUCCCUGCCGCAGCCCCGCCCACUCCGGCAGCCCCUGUGGAAGUCCGUGCGGCAGCCCGUGCGACGGCAGCCCCUGCGGUAGUCCGUGCGGAGGCAGCCCGUGUGGUAGUCCGUGCCGGAGCCCAUGCCGGAGUCCCUGCCGGAGCCCGGCGAGGACGAGCCAGCCGAGGAGCCCCUGCCGGAGCCCGUGCCGGAGCCCGGCCAGGACGAGCCAGCCGAGGAGUCCCUGCCGAACGAGCCCGAUGAGGAGGCGGAGCUCGCCGCGGAGCCCCCGGAAGACUCCGGACAGUCCCCGGAGGACGCCCAGCCCCAGGCGCAGCCCCGACGCCAGCCCGACCAAGCGGGCCACCGUGGAGGGAAGUCCUGGCCGGGGCCGGGGUCGGCGGAGCAGUGGCAGGGGCAGCCGCCGGAGCAGGGCCACCGUCAGCUCCGGCCGCGGCAGCCCCAGCCCCAGCGACGCCCUGAGCACGGACGACGAGUUGAGCGCCGACCUCUUGCAGCUCAUGGUGCCCGUGUCCACGGAGCGGUUGCCGACGAGGACGCCGUCCCUCGGGGGCGACCUCACCGACGACGACCUCGAGGACGAGGAGGUGGCCGCCUGCUGGGGCGCCGACGUGCUUCAGCUGCCCACCUCGCUCGAGCUGGACAUCCGGAUACGGAAGGGUUCGCUGCCGCUGGGUCUGAGCGUGGACUCGGUGGGGAGGGGGGUCAACGGGAUGCUCGUGGUGGCCGUGGUCCCCGGCGGGGCCGCCUACCGGGACGGCCGCAUCGUGCCCGGGGACCUCAUCACCGCCGUGAACAACGAGAGCUUGCGCCACGUGACCAACUCGCAGGCGAGGGCCAUCCUCAAGCGGGCCAACCUGGUGUCCACGCACCUCACUGUGACAUACAUCCCCGGGGAGGCUGCCGCCGCUUACAGACGGUCCCUGGCAGAGGUGCCCACCGUAACGCCGCCCCCUAAGCACACGAAGCAGCCCUCACCGAGGAUCUUUCCUGAGUACUACCGCUCGCCGUACAUCUACGAGGACGGCGCGGCCGCUCGCGCCCGCAGCGCCAGCGAGAGCUCCGCCGACCUCCUCGAGGAGCCGCCCGAGGACGACGACGGGGAGCCGCCACCGCCUCCACCGCCACCGCUGAUCGAGGAGAUCGCGCAGACCCCCGCGGUCGCGGAGACCUCGCCGAUCCCACCGCCGCUGCCGCCGCCCCCGGAGGCCGACAACCACCCCGACGAGCACCCCGACGACUCCCUCCCCGAGUCCGAGCCGGAGCAGCAGAGGCCGCCGCUCAAGCCGACGUCCACGCCGCUGUACGCGCACGUGGUCGGCAAGGAGUUCCAGCUCUCCUCCGAGGAGAGCCUCAACGAGGAGCUCCUCCGACUCAGGGACGACACCACCAUCUGCCCGCUCGUCGGCCAGAGCGAGCUCCCCACCGUCGGCACCUCGCCCGCGGAGCGCUCGCCCGCGCACGGCGUGCCCAGGAGCCUCCACGUCCAGGAGUUCCCCGUCGUCGGCACCUCGCCCUCCCCGGACCCGGACCGCGACUAUGACCUGCUGCGGCCCGACGCCAACGCCACCGCCCGCCGCGUGAGUCUGCAGGUCGAGAGGCCCGCCCGGCCCCACGAGCGCCGCCUCAGCUCCAUCUCCCCCGUGCCGGACGUGUGCGUGUGGGCGCCUCCGGCCGCGGACAGCAUGACGGUGACGCAGCACCAGGACCACCAGGCCUCCGCCAUCCUGCUGGCCAAGCGGUGGGGGCCCGAGAGGAUGGUGGCCGUGCGCAGGGAGCCCGACUCCAGCCUCGGCAUCAGCAUCGUCGGCGGCAAGGUGGACCUGUACAACGCGGGACCUGACAGCAGCUCUUCCAUCUCUGGCAUCUUUAUCAAGAAUGUUCUCCCCCAAAGCCCUGCCGGGAGGACUCAAGAGCUCAAGACCGGCGACCGCAUCCUGGAGGUGGAGGGCGUGGACCUGCGCUCCGCCAGCCACGACCGCGCCGUCGAGGUGAUCCGCGCCGCCGGCAACCCCGUCCGCUUCCUCGUGCAGUCCCUGAUCCAGUGGAGCGGGGCAGCUCCGCUCCCGAGUCAUGCGCCCCCCGCCUCCUGCACAGGACCUGCCCGCGGAGGCGUGGCCGGCGUGGGCUCCUUGCGACGAGCCGCCCCCCAGCCCCCGGCCGCCCCCGCCCCCCGGCCCCCAGGGGGGCCCCCAGGGGGGCCGGCAGUAACCGGGACCGACUCCAGCGGCGCCGCGUCCCUGCGCUCGCCCUCCCAGGCGAGCCUUGGCGAUGCGGCGCAGACGAACAAGGGCCCCGCGGGCCAGCCGGCGCCGCGGGCAGCGCCGCAGCCGGCGCCAGCCAUGGCGAAGAAGGUCUCCACCGCCUCGUCCAGCGAGGAGGACUCCGACGACGAGGACAACAGGGACAUGGAAGGACGCAUCUACACCAAGAAGGGCAAGGAGAUAUCACGGGCGAGCGCCGGAGCGAUAAAACGGAGCAAGGACGAGAUUGCCAACGACCCGGAGGAGGAGGACGAGUUCGGCUACACAAUGAAUAAGAUCCGGAAGCGGUAUGGCCCCGCGGUGUCGCUGGCGGGGUCGGGCGGCUCGGUGGAGCUGGCGGUGCUGGAGCGCGGGCCCUCCGGCCUGGGGCUCUCGCUGGCCGGCCACAAGGACCGCGCGCGCAUGGCCGUGCUCGUGUGCGGCCUCAACCCCAACGGCACCGCCUACAAGAACGGCGACAUCAAGGUCGGCGACGAGAUUCUCGAGGUGAACGGGGUCGUGGUGCAGGGCCGGUGUCACCUCAACGCUUCGGCCAUCAUCAAGGGGCUGCCCGGACCGGUGUUCAAGGUGGUGGUGCUGAGGCGGGAGGCGGCCGUCGAGGAGCUCGCGGUGAAGCCUCUCACUCAAUUCCCCGUCUCGCUCGACGAUGAGACACCGGAGGAGAGGUACAAGGACUUCAAAGGAUUACGGACCGUACUAAUCAAAAAGCCCUGCCCUGUGGAGACCUCCCUGAGCAGUCUCAGUCCACACCCUCCACAGGGACCUCAGGGUCUGGGAAUCAUGAUAAUAGAGGGCAAGCAUGCUGAAGUGGGCCAAGGAAUCUUUAUCUCUGACAUCCAAGAGGGCAGUGCUGCCGAACAGGCGGGGCUAACUGUUGGAGAUAUGAUCCUGGCAGUCAAUAAAGAUUCUCUCCUUGGCUCAAAUUAUGAUGCGGCUGCGUCAUUACUAAAGGAGACCAAAGGAAUGGUGAACCUAGUCGUUUGUAAUCCUAAUAAAGCCAAGGAAGAAGAAGGAAAAGGUGCUGAUGGAAAACUAAAUGCCAAAGGUUCCACGGCACGUAGCCCUACUCCAACUCAACCAGCUGCUCCUGAAAAGCCAAGAUUGCUGGACUCACAAAACGUUACUGUUCCUGCAUCGUCACGUACCGCUCAUCAUUCUCCUUCUCGCCAUCCAGAACAACCAGCACUUCCCCCAGCUACUGCUCCUGUUGUUGCUGGACAAGAAACAACAAUUGAAAUAGCAAAGGAAGAAAAAGCCCUAGGAAUCUUUGUUGUUGGUGGCUCUGAUACUCCUUUGGGGGUAAUUGUGAUCCAUGAAAUAUACCCUGAUGGUGCUGUUGCAAAGGAUGGAAGAUUAAAGGUCGGUGACCAAAUUUUGGAAGUGGGAGGACCUAAAGAUUCUGUGACACACGAUUUCCACAGCAUUACACAUGCUAAAGCUAUUGCUGCUCUUCGGCAACUACCAGCUAAAGUGAAAAUGAUUGUUUAUCGUGAUGAAGCAGUUGAAAAAGAAGAGGACAUUUAUGAGUCCAUUGAAGUUGAAUUGACAAAGAAGUCUGGUAAAGGAUUAGGGUUAAGCCUUGUUGUUCGCAAGGACGGGAAAGGAGUUUAUAUUUCUGAUUUGGUUCAUGGAGGUGCUGCUGAGGCAGAUGGACGCCUAAUGAAAGGUGACAUGAUUCUAUCUGUUAAUGGACAAGAUUUAAAAAGUGCAUCUCAAGAGGAAGCUGCUGCAGUUCUCAAAACAGCACUUGGCAAGGUCACUGUCAAAGUAGGAAGAAUUAAGACCGGUAAAAUCAACGAGAGGUCCAAAACAAGUGUCCCUGUGCCCGCCGCCCCAACUGCACCCGAAGGGACUUUGCCAGCCCCUGCCACCUAUUUUACAACUAUCCCAGACUCUCACCUCAUCUCUUUUCCAACAGACGAACCCAACAUUUUGGUUUCUCCAAAACGAUCCUCUAGUUUUCGUAGGCUAAUGACACGUUGGUCGUUUCGCAGACGGAAAUAAAUGUAGUAAAUUUUCUAGUACAUACAUUCUUUAGACAAGACCUUAUGGAAACUACUUUUGCUCAGAAAUAACUAGUGUACGAAAAGGGGCUAAAAAAGCCUAGUAUAAAGAAACAUUACUGUGAUUUCCAGUUUAAACAAUUCUCCUGUGAUUUUGUAAGUCUUUUCAUUGGAUAGAUCAAAAUCAGAUAAAUAUUUUAACAGUGUCACAUCUUUUAAAGUAAUAUCUAAGCUAAGAUGUGCUAAAAAGCUUAAUAUACAUUUGGUUCAUUAUCUUACACUUCCAUACAGGGUAGCUUUUUGUUUAGAUGGGUGUUGAGUGUUUUUGUGUAGACUUGUAUAACCCAGAUAUGCUGAUUGUUUAAAGAGUGCUAAGGCUUGUUUGAUGCUGUUGUUUUUUUAAUAAGUAUGGGACUUGUAACUUAUUUUCUGAACAUCAGUAACUGUAGUAUCUAUCUAUGACGUACCAGAAUAUUUCUUUGACCAACAACUUGUUAAAGAUGCAGUUUGUUUGUUUUUUCAACUAUCUAAUCAAGUUUUAACACAGUGCACACAGUGCAUGUUCUCAGUCAAACUUUUUUGUUACUUCCAGUCUGCAUUAUUGGAAAUGUAUUGUAUUUGUCUUAUGCAUGUUUUGCUCAUGUGUAUGUUGUAGCCUAUGUUAUGUAUAGUUAGUUAUGUACUUUUGUCUUGCCUUUUAGUGCUUUGGCUAGGUUGCCUUUAUUUGCCGAAUUUGGGCUACCGAAAGUAGUUAACAGUUUUAGGAAUCGGUGACAUUGUACUAAGCAUAGCUUAGCACCUUGUGGAACAAUGUUCCUUUAUUAGAGGAUUUUAGCCUAAUUGGUGCUUUUGUACCACAGAACUUUUAUGAACUUGUAGAAUUGCUGUGCUAUUUAUUUGAUAUUUAUUUUCUUAUUUGAGUUUCAUUUCUACAGUUUGAUUAAUUAUUUUGUGAUACAUGUAGGCCAAUCUAGUUUCUGAAAUGGGGACUGUGUAAAUCAAUGGUAAAAAUCAAUGUGUAAAUCAAAUGGGAUUAAGUAGUGAUCAAGAGCUAAAUAUGCAUUGUUAAGUGCAAAUUACAACGGUGAUACGUAUUUUGUGAUUUUUUAAAAUCUUUUUUUAAAAUCUUGCCAAGAAAGUCUUUCUGUAUAUUGUGCAUACAGUUCUGUCAACUUGUUUUCUAGAAGCAUGUGCUCUGUCUUAAACAUGAAAUCAGGUGAUAUGGGUCUAUCUCUUAUUGAUAGUAGGGAUUAUGAGUAUGGUUUUAGAUGUUUAAAUGUUUAUCUCAAGGUAUGCUAUGUUGACACAUACAUAUUUCUAUUUAUUAUUUUUUGUUUGUUUCAUGGCUGUCCUUGUAGGAAAUAAAUGAGGUAAGUUCAGCUGCUUUUAAGAAAUACUUUUACAAACUUAUAGACUCAAACAAAUCAUGCACAAAAUGAUGUAAUAAUUCCUAUCGUUGUUACUUAAGGAUCUUAACAUUAAACUGUUUUUAAUCAUCUAAGUUUACCUUGACACUUGUAUGUACAGGGUCGCAGCUCUUCACCACAUCCUUGAAAGAAGAUCUGUACUGAUACUAUUUCAUAGAGUUUUGUCCUCAUCCGACUUCAGUUAGUGGCUAUAUGUUAGUUUGGAGGACUUCAACUUAGUUAUUGUUAAGGCUGUGUACUUUUUAAAAAAAAUAAUUAAAUUUGAUCUCUUUAUUGGUACUAACAUUUGUUUAGAGAUCAGAGUCUUUCACAUUCAGAAAACCAUGUGCGAAAUUGGUUUAAUGACCUCAGAAAUGGUCAGUCACUAAUCCCAAUCUUUGUUAACGACUAUACUUGUAUUAAAGAUCCCCGACCAUUUCCCAAAAGAGAUGGUUUUUUCUUCCCAGCUAGAUUAAAUAUACAUGCAGUGGUUGCUGGGACCGACACUGAUAGGGGCUAUUCACAUCGGACUCAAUGUGCGUUCUGGAAUUAGCAGAGUCCUAUUUGUCUGAAGUAUUUAGAAAAUUAAUGAACAUUUCUAAAAUUUCUAAUUUUGCUUUAUUUAAAAUGCUGAUUAUUUUAAAGGAAGUUAAAAGCACCCAUUGUGAUAACAAAUCUAUGUUCAUUUCUCCUUGAUUCUAGAGCUAUUUCAAAUUUUCAGUUUGUAGGCUUUUUGAGAUUGUCUGCAAAGAAUGUGAGAGAAUGAUAACUUAAAUUUAGGUAGUACUGGCAGUCGAUGAUGACUUAUAAAACCUCUUAUCUUCAGCAUUUUGUAUUUUCAUGAAGCGGCAAUCACGCUUGAUUAAGAGUAAUUUCUAAACUUUUUGAUCAUAUGAAUGUAUGUGAGCCUUUCAUAGUAACUGUCAAUGAUACAAUCAUUGCAGUAUGACUGGUUUUGUUUCCUUUAAUGGUUUUUGUCUUAAAAUACAAAAUUGUUCUAAGUAAGUGAAAAGUCGCGACAAAAUGCCUCUGUGAUAAAUUCAUUGUGUUUUAAAGUGGUAAUAUAUGAGAUCUACGCUACCUUGUCUAUGUCAUGUUCUAAGAACAUGUAUGUACUGUGUUUCAGAAUCUGGUGGACAGUAAAGUUUGUGAACUCUUGAGUGAUGUGAUUUAAUGUGUAGGGAUGUAAUUAAUUCAUUAUGGUGAGAUGCAAGUGUUAAUAAAUAAAUACUGGUUGUUUGAUCUAUGUAUCUUCAAUUCAUUUUGAUUUUUACUUAAUCGAAUUUAUGUACUUUAAAUUUUUUCCUUGAGGCUCUCCUAUGUUUUGAUAUAUUCAAAGGGAUCAAAUUCUACCUAAAAUAUACUAUGUACUCACCACUGAUUGAUCAUUUCAUGUAAAAGCCACCUCUUAGUCAACUUACCUUUUGUCUUCUAUACCCUUUCUCUAACAGAAACUUGCAUCUCUUCCAACCUCUGCGACGGUAUUAGGGAAUAUCACAAAUGAAGUCUUGUUUGCUGAUUCAUCAGUGAUGUGUGAGUUGUAUAUAAUAGGUCUCUCAAAAAAUUACAUACUUUCUCCUUUCCUCUUUCCCCUUAGCUAAGUCAAUGGGGGUUUAGAUGUAUCAUUGCUGUAAGGAAUUAGUGUAAGUAGAGUAUAUUGUCUCUAUGUCACCUGUUGAGACGUUGUCUUGUGCAAGGAGACAAUAAUGGUGCGUGCAGUAGGGGUGUUGAGGACCAAGUGCACAAGCCUGUCACUGAUUUGUCUUCCUAGACAGAAUUCCUAUUGAGUAGCUAAACCAAACUGCAUUAUUACAAUUAAAGAUGGCCUAUUGUCUUCUGUCAUGUUUGUAUAAGGUCGUUGUAUUUUGAUACAAGAUUCAAUUUCUUUUGAAGCCUUGCACUAAUUUGACAAAUGUAAUAUGAUAUGCAGUUUGUUAUUCUUGAUUUAAGACAGAUAUGUUUGGAAAUAUUUUCCUCCAAUUACCAACUUAAAGACAAAGGCUAUGUCACUUUCAUAAUAUUUAAAUAUGCUGCAUUUCUAGGUGUUAUAUUUGCCACUGUUCAUUUUGUCAAUGGACCAUUUCUAAAUUCUGACAGUGCAUAAAUUUAAAAAAAAUGAAACAAGGAUUUCUUUUCAAAUUAAUUUUGAAUGGGACCACUGUUGCAACUUGACUUCACAUUGAGUUAAAAAUUCAUGAUGGUGAUGAUAAUUAUGGAAGCACCUUCCACCUUCUUACCUUACGUUAAUGAUCAUUUAAAAUUCCACUCUUUUUGUUUUUGGAAAAAAAUUAUCCACAUUUUUAGUGAUUAUAUAAACAAGUUUGAUGUCAUUCAUUUUGGAAGUUUUAAAUGUUUUCUUAUGGUUUACAUAAAUAAAUGGGUGCAUAGACGAAUUUGCAUUCUUGUUAGUAGCAGUAAGGUUAUACUGACAAAUUAAAUUAUUUCACUGUUGCUAUUUUUUAAGAUGUGUAUAAAUUCAUAAUUGACUCAUGAAUAUAAUCAAUUUUUUGCAAGAUCUGAGAUCUGUUGCAAUGCAUAGGGCUAAAGCACAUAACUUGUACAGAAAUAAAAUAAGAAAUGGUACCAACAUGUACAGAUUUGUUUCUUAGAAUCAUGUUAUGAAAUAUGUUAUUUUAUUCAUAAUUUUUGCUAGCUAAUAAUUAACUUAGGUAUAGAUUUUAAGUUUAUACCACUGUUGAUCAUAUCAAAGUUUAUCAUCAUAUGUAGAGGAAAUUUGCACAGGAAUGCUGGCUCUGCUUUAUUGCAAUUUCUAAGUUAUUAAUUAAGCUACUUAGUCUGUAGAUGCAAUAACUGCCAUUUCAUACUUUAUAGAUUUAAAAUGUUUGUUAGUGAUACAUUGUAAUACAAUCAGCACUGUUUGCAUAACAAAAUGCAAGAAAAAUUAUGGUUGUAUGUCCUUAUUAAAUUUUAUUAUGACUGAUA